GAAGAAGCUAGCUAGCCAAUUAAUUAAGUUCCUUCCUAUAUCAGUUUUUUCUAUUUUAAUUUUAAACUAACUAACUCAUGGCAGCCGCCACCGCUAGCCUCCAAGGCGGCUCUGCCUCCCCGUCCGCCUUGUCCCCGUGGAACCAACUCUCCACCGCUGGUUCCUCCCCGUGGACCCAACAGCAUUCCGAUGCCGAUCAUGAAAAGGCCUCGACCACCCAGGACCGAGAGACCUCCUUGGUCGGCUCCCUCAUCCGUGAAGAAGGCCAUAUAUAUUCCCUCGCCGCUUCCGGCGGCCUCCUCUACACCGGCUCCGACAGUAAGAAUAUUAGGGUUUGGAAAGAUACCAAAGAAUAUUCGAGCUUCAAGUCCAACAGCGGCCUCGUUAAAUCCAUCGUUGUCUUGGGCGAAGACAAGAUCUUCACCGGCCAUCAAGACGGGAAGAUCCGGGUCUGGAAAUUCGCCGACCACAAGAAGAAAACCUACAAGCGCCUAGGAAGCUUACCCACCACGAGAGACUAUCUUAAAAGUUCUAUGAACCCUAAAUCUUACGUUGAGAUUCCUAAGAAGAAUCGGAACGCGCCGUGGAUUAAGCACCACGACGCCGUUUCGUGUAUGAGUUUAGAUGAGGAACAAGGGUUGCUCUACUCCGGUUCAUGGGAUAGGACCGUCAAGGUUUGGAAAUUGUCUGAGAACAAAUGCAUCGAGUCGGUGAACGCACACGACGAUGCCAUCAAUGCAUUGGUCGUCGGCUUUGACGGCUUGGUCUUCACCGGCUCGGCUGACGGGACGGUGAAGGCUUGGAGGUGGGAGACGCCAACGUCCUCUGCUGGCGAGAAGGCCCCUGCCUCGACGAAGCACGUGCUGGUGGACACGGUGUUGAAGCAAGACAACGCCGUGACAUCACUUGUCGUGAGCGUGUCUGCAGCGAUGGUCUACGCCGGAUCCUCCGACGGGCUGGUCAAUUUCUGGGAGAGGGAGAAGAGUUUCAUGACGUACGGCGGCGUGCUAAGAGCUCACAAGCUAGGCGUGCUUUGUUUGGCGGCGGUCGCUAACCUCGUGCUCAGCGGCUCCGCUGACAAUAGCAUAUGCGUGUGGAGGAGAGAUGACGGGGCUGUCCACGUGUGCAUGUCUAUGUUGAACGGCCAUAGUGGGCCCGUCAAGUGUUUGGCCAUAGAGGUGGACAACGCCAAAGAUGGUCAAGACGACGGCAACGAUGGCACGGCAGGUAACAAGGGUGAACAACGGUGGAAUGUGUAUAGUGGGAGCUUGGAUAAAUCAGUAAAAGUUUGGAGAAUAGUGCAACCGACAACAAAGUAGUAAUAGAAAUGUUAAUGGAAGAUCAAAGUUGUAGAUAGGUUGCAAAUUAACUAGACUAUAGAUGAUUCUUAAGAGAGGUAAGACAAAUCUCCCAAGUGGGACUUUAUGAUGUCAACAAUCAUCCACCUAGACAAGAAGGAAAAGGAACAAAUAAUUUUAUUUUGAAAUGUACAUAGAUUUUGUUAAAAGUUUGAUUUCCUCUAUUUUAAAACAAUGGGAUAUCUGUAAUUUAGUUUAUUUAAACAAAGCUGG